CGGGCGGCAGGCUCUCCGGGUUGAUUCAGAGACUUCCAGCCGAUAUUGGUGCCUCCGCGUCUGUCAGGCCCUGCUGUUGAUUACAGAGGAAUUUCACCUCUGGACCUGAGUUAAAACAUUUACGAUAAUGCCCACAAUAAAAUUACAGAGCUCCGAUGGAGAAAUCUUCGAGGUGGAUGUUGAGAUAGCCAAACAGUCGGUCACCAUCAAGACCAUGUUAGAAGAUUUGGGAAUGGAUGAUGAAGGCGAUGAUGACCCAGUUCCCCUCCCAAAUGUGAAUGCUGCCAUCCUCAAGAAGGUGAUUCAGUGGUGCACUCAUCACAAAGAUGAUCCCCCACCUCCUGAGGACGAUGAGAACAAGGAGAAGAGGACAGAUGACAUUCCCGUAUGGGACCAGGAGUUCCUCAAAGUGGACCAAGGCACCUUGUUUGAACUCAUUCUGGCCGCCAACUAUUUGGACAUCAAAGGCCUGUUAGAUGUCACCUGCAAGACAGUGGCCAACAUGAUCAAAGGCAAAACCCCAGAGGAGAUCAGGAAGACUUUCAACAUCAAAAAUGAUUUCACAGAGGAGGAAGAAGCCCAGGUACGCAAAGAGAACCAGUGGUGUGAAGAGAAGUAAAGGGGAAGAUCCUGCCAACACUACCACACUGAAUAGGAAUUGUCCCUGCUAACUGGUUGCACUGGCGUUGUUCAUACUUGUCAAUAUUUACAUUUAGUAUAUUUAGAGCCACAUACCCACCUCCCUCCCCUUCCCUCAAUUUCUGUAUACCAAUAGCAUGAGCAUUUUAACUUGCCUGUGUGUUGUAAUUUAAAUAAAAAAAAAAAAAGCUCUUUUCUGUUUCAAGUUGUGUAUUCACAUAAAGACUUCUGGUUUCAUGGCUUUGUUCCCUUAAAGAUUAGGUCCUUUCAUAUUUUUCCGUAUUAUUAAUCGCAGUGGUUGUCUUUUUUACUGGACAUGUUUGUUUUCCUUUAGGUUAAUUGAAUGAAAUGACUUUUAUGACGAUGGAAAUGAAAGGGUGAAUAUUUUAUUUUUGCUCUGUAAAUGCAUAUGUUCUGUGAAACCAUGUUAAGAGAGGUUGGGCUGUGUAGAGGAAAAGUGAAGUUUGAGGUGGAAAGAUGUUCUUUUUGCAUAACGUCCUUUGGACCCGAAGUACUUGAGCGUUGUCACACAGCAUUGGGUAACCCAUUCCUAAUUCAUGUUGUAUUGAAUUGGAAACUUUUCUCAGAUAAGCUCUGAUGCUGACUUUUGGGAUGAUCAAACAUAUACUGAAGGAGUAAAUAAAGCGUAUGAAAAGGUC